AUGGCGUCCUCCAGUCCUUUGUACCUGGGCUUCGACUUGUCGACCCAGCAGCUGAAGGGCAUUGUCGUCGACGACAGCCUUAAAAAAGUACAUGAUGCCAAGUUCGACUUUGAUGCCGACGCCAAAGGCUUCAAGAUACAGAAAGGAGUCAUGGUCAACGAAGCCGAACAUGAAGUCUUCGCUCCUGUGGCCAUGUGGCUGCAAGCUUUGGACGUCCUCCUCGGCAGAUUAAAAGACGACGGCCUCGACUUUAAAAGAGUAAAGGCCAUCAGUGGCUCGGGAAUGCAACAUGGAAGUGUCUUCUGGAACGCUGAUGCCGAGCAAUUACUGGCCCAACUUGAUCCAAAGAAAACAUUAGAAUCCCAACUCGACGUUGCAUUCGCUCAUCCGUACAGCCCCAACUGGCAAGACGCAAGCACUCAAAAAGAGUGCGAGGAGUUCGACGCCAUCUUGGGCAACGAACACCAGCUGGCCAAUGUCACGGGAAGCAAAGCCCACCAUCGGUUCACCGGCCCGCAGAUACUGCGCUUCCAACGCAAGUAUCCGGACAAGUACAUCAAGACGAAAAGAAUCACUCUUGUCUCGUCUUGGAUAGCCACGGUUCUCCUAGGCAGGUUUGCGCCCUUUGAUAUUUCCGACGUCUGUGGUAUGAAUCUAUGGGACAUCAAAGCUGGAAAGUGGCACGAGAAACUCCUGGAACUGGCCGCCGGCCCAUCAGGGGUGGACGCGCUGAAACAAAAACUCGGCGACGUCCCUGAAGAUGGAGGCGCCCAUCUAGGAUCCAUUUCGCAAUAUUUCGUGCGCCGCCAUGGAUUCAGCGAGGAUUGCACCAUUAUCGCCUCGACAGGAGACAACCCAUCGACCAUACUCGCCCUGCCGCUACGGCACAACGACGCCAUGGUGUCGCUGGGGACGUCGACGACAUUCCUCAUGUCCACGGCCGAAUACAAACCCGACCCAUCCACACAUUUCUUCAACUCUCCCACCACUCCGGGCCUGUACAUGUUCAUGCUGUGCUACAAGAACGGCGGCCUCGCACGCGAAAGAGUGCGCGAUGCCAUCAACUCCAAAUUCAAUGUGGCCGACAAGACCUCCUGGACCGAAUUCGACAAACACCUGCUCUCCACGCCACCGCUCGCACAAGACUCCUCCGACCCGAUGCAAUUGGGGCUGUAUUUCCCCCGACCCGAAAUCAUUCCCGACCUCCCCGCCGGCGAGUGGCAUUUCGCAUAUGAUCCGCAAUCCGACACGCUCACGCGCGUCAAUUCCGUGCCCCAAAGUCCCGAACAAGACGCCCGCGUCAUCGUCGAGUCGCAGUUCCUCUCGCUGCGCCUACGCUCGCAGCACCUCGUGUCGUCGCCGGCAGACGGGCUCCCGCCGCAGCCGCGUCGCGUCUACCUCGUCGGCGGCGGCAGUCGGAACAAGGCCAUCGCCAAAGUUGCGGGCCAGGUCCUGGGCGGGUCGGAAGGCGUGUUCAAGCUCGAUGUCGGCGAGAACGCCUGUGCCCUUGGCGCCGCGUAUAAGGCUGUCUGGGCUAUGGAGCGCCAACCCGGUGAGACGUUCGAGGAGUUGAUCGGCAAGCGGUGGCACGAGGAUGAGUUCGUCGAGAGGAUCGCUGACGGGUAUAACAAAGAUGUCUGGGACAAAUAUGCCCUCGCUCUGAAGGGGUUCCAGGAUAUGGAGCUGGCGCUGCUCCGCGAGGAAGAGGCUAAAAAGAAGGCGUCAUGA